GGAAGUUAGGGGAGCCUUUUAUCAAUAACAGAGGCAAUCAGCUGACUGCCCGAUAAGCGGCGGGAAUAAAGAGGGUCCAGGAGAAGAUGGGAGCAUAAAGUCUGAGAGCGAAGCUGUUUGUAUGCUUUUAUCAGUUCAGAAUGAGCAUCAACAGCAGCGAGCAGGCUGAUGUUUACACUAAACUCUCUGGGAGAGGCUCGUCUGUCAGUGAGAGGACUCCUCUGUUGGGAAAUGGAUCAGUACAGAUCCGGACUACAGGAGCCUCCUUCGCCUCCUCUGUGUUCAACCUGAUGAAUGCAAUCAUGGGCAGUGGGAUACUGGGUCUGGCUUAUGCAAUGGCCAGCACAGGAAUAGUUGGGUUUUGCAUCCUGUUAGUACUGGUAUCCAGCCUUGCAGCAUACUCCAUCCAUCUGCUUCUGAAGCUUUGUGAUCAAACAGGUAUCAAUUCGUACGAAGAACUUGGAGAAAAAGCUUUGAAAAAACCAGGAAAAAUUUUAGUGGGAUUGGCUAUUCUCAUCCAAAAUAUCGGUGCCAUGUCAUCCUACUUGUUCAUCCUGAAGUCGGAGCUUCCAGCAGCUAUCAGCAGCUUCGUGAAUGCAGAAAACUCAGGGAAUGCCUGGUAUGAAGAUGGCAGGUUGCUCCUCAUCAUCGUCACAGUUUGUAUUGUUGUGCCUUUAGCGAUGUUGCCCAAAAUCGGAUUUCUGGGUUACACCAGCAGCCUUGCCUUCCUCUUCAUGCUGUAUUUUACAGUUGUGGUUGUGGUGAAGAAAUGGUCCAUCCCUUGUCCCUUGCCUCACAACGUCACAACGUUCCCAGACCUCGAGAAGUCAUCAAAUGUAUCCAACUCGGAGUGUACACCACAACUCUUCGUCCUUUCCAUUAAGAGUGCAUAUGCCAUCCCCACCAUGGCCUUCUCCUUUCUGUGCCACACGGCCAUCCUGCCCAUCUACUGCGAACUGGAGAGACCAACCAAAGCCAGGAUGCAAAACGUUGCAAACAUCAGCAUCAGUCUCAGCUUCCUGCUUUACUUCAUUUCCUCUUUGUUUGGGUACCUCACCUUCUAUGCUCACGUAGAGUCAGAGCUGCUGCUCGGCUACGGAGAGUACCUUCCCCGGGACAUCAUGGUGAUGACGGUUCGGCUGGCCAUCCUCCUCUCUGUGCUACUCACAGUGCCGCUCAUACACUUCCCUGCCCGUAAGGCUGUGAUUGUGCUGUUGUAUGGAGGACGCUACUUCUCCUGGCUGACCCACACAGUCUCAGCUCUGAUCAUCCUGAGCGUGGUGCUGAUGCUGGCCAUCUUUGUGCCUGACAUAAGGAAUGUGUUUGGAGUCGUUGGAUCAACGAUGUCCAGCUGCCUGCUGUUUGUCUUUCCAGGCGUCUUUUAUCUUAAAAUCAGCGGCCAGCCGCUCCGAUCGGCCGACUCCAUCGGGGCUAUAUUUCUAGUGGUUUUUGGGCUAAUAAUGGGUGGUACCAGUCUCUGUGUGAUCAUUCUUUCCUGGGUGUUCAGUUCCUGAAUCCGCUCCGACCAAAACCCUGUCCAAAGCAGGAAGGAAAGGGAAAUAUGGACCAAAGAAACGGAACCUUGAAAGAAAUCAGCAUAAACUCAGGGACUUUUUUUAAUGAACACUAAUACAUUUGCAUUUUUUUAGAUUGAAACAAACUUUUAGUACAUAUUGACUUUAAAAACAGACAAUUCAGUUCAGCAAAAAAAUGUUUUAUUGAUCCAAAAAAGGGAAAAUGGACACAAAAAGAUAACAGAACAAAUAGAGAUUUGUUCUGGAUUUCAAGAUGAAGAAGGGUUGAUUUUUUUAUUGUUUCAAAGCUGUGGUUUUAAUUAUGCACUUUAUAUAAAUCAAAACAACAAUCUAUUU